UUAGGGCUGGUCUGCCAGUCAGCUGUGAAGAGAUACUGAAGUUUGUCUCCAUCAGGAGCGUUUUACUGGAUUUAUAUUGUAUUAAACUCUCUCCUCACACACACUUGUUGGACAUGGGGUUUCUUCUGACCAAGAUGAUGGCUGUGUUCGGUGACACAGAGCACAAAGUCAUCAUUGUGGGUUUGGAUAAUGCUGGAAAGACAACAAUCCUCUAUCAGUUUCUAACAAAGGAGGCCGUUCAUACAUCCCCAACCAUCGGCAGCAACGUUGAGCAGAUCACCGUGCGUAAAACACACUUCUUGGUUUGGGAUAUUGGAGGACAGGAGAGUCUUCGAGCCAGCUGGUUCUCAUACUACGGCAAUACAGAGAUUGUCAUUGUGGUUGUGGACAGCACCGACCGUGAACGUCUCACUCUCACCAAAGAAGAGCUGCACCGAAUGCUUGCACAUGAGGACUUGCAGAAUGCAGCACUUCUUAUUUUGGCGAACAAACAGGACGUGAAGGGCUCGAUGACAGCGGCAGAGAUCUCCCAGUGCCUCACACUCGACUCCAUCUCAUCACACUCCUGGCAUGUUCAGGCCUGCUGCGCCCUGACGGGAGAGGGGCUACCUGCCAGUCUGGACUGGAUGAAGUCGCGAGUUGUUGCAAACUAAAGAUCGAACUUUCUCAAAUUGAGCCAAAUAUGAAAAAAGGUGCUGCACAGGCCUCAGUGUCAGGGUUAUUAACAGUGUAUUCCUGUGAAAAUGGCGUCUGUGAUAGAGCCUGUCUACAGCGUGUCUUAUGCAGCUGCCUGAGGCCUGAAGGUGGAUGAGCAACAGAGAAACUUGGGUCGGUUCACCAAAUAUGAGUCAUUCAGAGUCUGGGUGUUGGACUGUUCAAGAACCACCUGGUUAAAUGAUAAUAAUCUGGUUUAAUGGAAAAGUUUUUCCUCAGUAAGGGUGUGUGUGUGUGUGUGUGUGUGUGUGUGUGUGUGUCAGGGUUCAUACGGGUGCUUGAAAUCCUUGAAAAUGGAAUUUAAAUGUUGUAUAUUCAAGGUUUAAAAAGUGCUUGGAUUUUGGAUAAAGUGCUUAUACAUGCACUGACUAUAUCCAUCUAUAGACUAUAGAUAAUCACAUGUUCAAUGUAAAAAAUAAUGAGUAGCCUAUCUGAAAUGAAGACCGUUCCUCCUAAAAGUGUAAUACCAUCGCUGUUGGUAUAGUUAAGUGAAAUCUCCCCCUUUUAGUAUGUAAGUAAUCAUCUAAAACAUGCAAUUUACAACAGGUGUAAGAUACUGGAAAAGCUUGGAAAUUGACCUUGAAAUUCCUUGAAAAAAGCUUGAAUUUGACCACUGCUAAAGUGUACGAAUCCUGGUGUGUGUGUUUGUGUGUGUGUGUGUGUGUGUGCGCGUGUGUGUGUGUGUGCGCGCAUUUCCUUAAGUAACCCACAGACAGCUGCACCAUGUUUAUGUUAGCCUUCCCACCAGACCUGUAUUAUCACAUUCCACUCUGGUCUGAAUGGGAGACUUUCAUCACACCAGAGUAUCAUUCAUUCAUUAUUCAAACUGAACAACCUUUACAACCGUCACUUAAUGCGGAUAGAUCACAGAUGAUAAUUGAUGACAGUAAAGCAUAAUUAAGACCUUGAAUACUUGAACUGAACAAGUUGUAUCAAAGUUACAACCUACACUGAUAAUAAGGCAGGUUUAUCAAAGAGGAUGGUUUAUAUAAAGCAUAUAUUUAAUGGGUAGAGUGAUGUUUUUCUCUCUUUGAAUACCCUUCCAUUCCUCCUGUGCCCACACAUUAAGCUAAGGUGACUGUCACUGAUGACUUGCAACAACAAACAAAUUUAGUACCUCACAGAUUUCCAGUCACAAAGUGAAUUUAGUAGCUGCCUCGUAUUAAUUAUAGGAGACUUUUACACAAUAACAGAGAAGAACCCGUAAAGGACACACUGUUGCUCCUGUGGCCUUGAGACACUCUGCAUUGUUAAAAGUGAAAGCACCUGAUGUAAAAAGUUGUAUUUAAUGCCAUUGAACAACAGGACUGUUUUGUUAGGCCUAGAACAUGUUUAGUAAUUUAUUGUAUGAAACAAAGCUCUUGAACUAUUUAAAUUACUGUAUAUUACAGCAACUUCCUAAAUAGGGAAAUGAGCAUGCUGCUAUGAGUCAUAUUGAAAAAGAAUGUAUUGUAUUGUGUACGUUUUUUGAAUAAAUAU